UAGUAAAAUAGAACUACUACAUACAUACGGUGCCCUAAUCCUAUCUCUAUUUUAUUUUGUUGUUUGACGUUUAAUAAAAUGGAUUUAUGUUUGUGUCGUUAAAAGUGCCAAUAAAAUUAUUAGAUUAAAUUAAGUUUGUUGUGUUGUGAGGACGUUUAGAGGACGGAAAAUAGUAGUAAAUCGUGCUACGAUGAUAAUAUCACGGUCUAAACUUCGCUCUACAGCGGAAGUUUGCGCUGAUUGUGGGGCAUCAGAUCCUUCGUGGGCGUCGAUCAACCGUGGGCUGCUGCUUUGUGCGGAGUGCUGUAGCGUUCACCGGAGUAUGGGGCGUCAUAUUUCUCACGUUAAGUCUCUGAGGCAGGGCUCCUGGCCGCCUUCGCUGCUUAAUAUGGUCCAAUCGCUGACAGCUCAGAAUGUAAACAGCAUUUGGGAACAUUCUUUACUUGACACUUCAGCCCCUAAGCAUUUACGGAAGAAACCGCAACCCAAAGAUCCCUUACAUCCAGUUAAAUCUGAGUUCAUCCUGGCCAAGCAUCUGCGGCUCGCGUAUGUACUGCGUGCGCGGCGUGACGAGCCCCCCAGCGAGCUAGGAAGGCAACUCCACUCUGCUGUGCGGAGUUCUUCAUUAGACACUGCAAUGCGACUGCUCGCUCAGGGUGCAGAUCCUAAUUAUUACAAUCAGGAAAAAGGGAGCUCGUGCUUACACGUGGCCUGCCGCGCUGGCCAACCAUCGCAGGCCGAGCUGCUGGUGGCCUGGGGCGCGGACCCCACCACUAAAGAUCAGUCCGGAAGUACACCUUCAGAUUGUGCUAGGCAGGGGGGGCAUGCGGAGUUGGCGGAGCGCAUGACGGAGCUGGUGUACGAGGCCACGGACCGCAUGAUCCACUUCCUGACCGGCGAGAAGCCCGACCACGCGGCCGGCAGACACUACAUCGUGCCGCGAGCCCACGACACGCACGAGAUGACCGACGUCGCCAAAGCCGCCAGAGGGAAACUGCAAUUGCUGCCGAACCAUCUGUUCGAAGAGCUGGUGAUGGACAUAUACGACGAGAUCGAUCGAAGGGAAACCGAGGCCAUCUGGCAGACGAGCGCGUCGGGGCUGGAGCGCAGCGGCGCCGCGUUCCUGCCGGUGAACCCCGCGCUGUCGGCGCCGCGCAACCAGGGCCGCCAGAAGCUGGCCCGCCUGUCGCCGCGCGAGCUCGCCGCCCUGCUGCGCGACGUGCUGCUCGACGCCACGCGACGACAGCGCAUGGCCGCGCUGCAGCCCGCAGCGAUGUCGGGUCCCCUGAAUCCGCUGCUGUCCGCGAGCCACUUGCGGCACGUGUCGCAGAUGUCGGACGACGAGCCGCUCUACGACUCGGUCGCUUCGGACGAGGACUACGCGGCCCUGGCGCCCAUCGAACUCGACCUAUCGACAGUGACCCCGCGGCGAGGGGACGCCGUGUCGGCGACGUACAGCCCGGGCUUGCCCACUGAACAGUCACCCAUCGCCGACCCGCGCCGCACCCAGUCGCCCAGCUGUCCGGCUCAGGCCACGCCGGAACGAGACGACCAGAUACAGCAUUUAAAAAAAGAACUGCACGACAAAGACUCGACCAUAGACGAGCUAAAAACUCAGUUGAGGAAUCUACAAACCAUAGUCGAGAGAUUGACUAAAGAGAACAGCGUUUUGAAGACGAGCAGCAUCGAUGACGACAGUGUGACGUCACUGACCGGGGAGAGCUGUAGUGGUCUCGAUGGCUUCGCGGCGCAGGAGCGCGGCAAGAGUCUCGAGUCCGAGCUGGGCCGCGAGGUCGACGUGAGGCCGGCCAAGGGCUCGCAGCGACCGGUCAGUAUGUAUGAGACUAGGGAAGGCCCAAAGAAUAACUGGCAGGUUACUAAACACCAGCUGACAACCCUGUCGAGUUUCGAUCGUUCGUUGACCCAGAGCGUUUUGGAGGGUGCCAGCCCGGAAGACAUAAUUCCGAGCGCCGAUCUGGUGCACAAGCGCGCCGAGAGCGUCACGCGCGGCAUCCAGCAGCUGUGGGCGGCGGCGCGGCGCCACCAGUCCGGCGCGCUGUCUGGCGCACAGUCCGGCGUGCAGCAGCGGGCCCGCGACACGCGCCGGGCCGUGGGCGCGCUGCUGGCGCUGUUCCCGCAGGACUGUGUAGGCGGCGAGCUGGGCGCGGUGCUGGCGGGGCUGCGCGCGGCGAGCGAGGGCGUGUCGGCGGCGUGCGACUCGGCGGCGCCGCUGCCGGAGCUGCGGGCGGCGGCCUACGAGCUGGCCAAGGCCACCAAGCUCCUGCUCACCCACUUCCCCCCCGCCCCCUCCUCCUAGCGACCGCACUACGCGCACUACACCACCGUGUAGCGUGCGCCCCCCCUCACCUCAUGGAACUUACAUAAUAGUGCGCUAAGACGUCUGUGGAGGUGGACAAGCCGGACAACACUUACGAAGUGACGCGAUGAGAUGGGUGCUCUGUGACACUCUACGGUUCACAAAUAAUAAUAAUUAUAUUUAAAGAACUAGAACGUCGGACGAAAGGAGAAACGUAUAACGACUUAUGACGUCACAAUAAUGUGCAAAGUUUUAAUCUUAUACCGAAAAUUUUUUUUUUCAUAAUUGUCCAAUUUAGUAAACAAACAUGGCGGCUCGGUAGCUUCAUACCUGUGUAGUUACGAUAAUUCAUUUAUGUUGGUUAACAAGUCAAAUGUCUCCGCUUUACGGAGCCUUUCGUGUCUAUGUUUAUGUAGCUUGAUCACAGACCGACUAGAGUGGAACAGAUAAAGUACAAAUGUACAAAAAUUAUUAAUAAUUUUCAAUUUUAGUUGUUAAAUGUUUUAUAAGUCUUCCUAUGAUUUAGAAUUAUGGAGCACGAUGUUCGGAACGAGGUGAACGUCCGAUCUAAAAGUGUUAAGAGUGUACAGUGUUCUUGAAGAUAAAUAAUGCUUUACGCUUAGAUAUACGUAAAUAGCAGUAGCUAGACGGAAUGUAUUCAAUUUAGUGUUAUAAGGACGUUUAUAUAGACCGACUUAUGUCAAUCUUAUUUGGAUUUUAAUGUGCGAUUCUUUUUUGUGUUUUGAUGAGACAUUAAAUCUGAUUGACUUUAUCUAUAUGUAUAGUAUGUAGGAUUGAAGCAAACUGUAUACACGUUAGCUGUUUGAUAUAUAUUAUAUGACAUAUGUUACAAUACACAAGUGCCAUGUCCAUGUUGAAGGACGGAAAUUGAACAUUUGCAGAGAGAAAAACAGAUUUACUUUUGUGUGCAUCUGUGUAUGUAUAUUUUGUUUGAAGUGAAACUUCUUUAGGCGCGUUGAGAGCAAAAUUUAACUCGCCACAGAUUCGUUACGGCUAGAGAGAAAAGAUACAAUUUAGGGCGAGCGAGAAUGAGAAAAUAGACAGAGCGUCUCGCGAACCACUCGAACGUGCAGAGAGGGAGCAAGCGAGCUAGGUCGUUUCUCUUAUAUACAUUCUGUUUCCGGGCGUCGGCCACUAGAUGGCUUGUUAUUAAUUUCCCAUUCAUCCUAUAGAUGGCAGUAACAUAUUAAAUAUCUUAGAUUUUAUUUUUGAUGAACGAAUUUAAAAAAAUAUAUUUAUUAUUAUAUAUGUAUUUUAAAAUAGAAAUUUGAUUUAAGCAUGAAAAAUGAAGAAGACCACACAAUACUGCGCACCGCAAAAGAAGUUUCACUUCUUUCACACGCACUAUUUUUGUUUUUGUUUAAUUUUAUUAUGAAAUUUAGAAUUUUUUUAGCUUAUGGAUAAUUCAAGAGCAGUAUUGUUAACAUAAUAUCUCGCACAUACAAGCAACGAGGUUGCCAUUGUAAAUUUUGUGAAAGUGUUGCUCGUAAAAAAUGAAACUAAGUUGGUUGUGCUAUCUAAUCCGUUGUGAAUCCGUAAUUUUAUCUGUUGGUUAUAUUUAAACUGACUUGGCUGAUUGGUUUAAUUAGUUUAGUUAUUAUUAAUACAAAAAUCCUAUAGGUAAUCUAUUUUAUUAAAUAAAAGAUAAAAUAAAUUCCCACAUGUGCAUUAUGUUUAUGGAAACUUUAAGAUUAAAUUAUGUUUCCUGAACCGUAUAAAUAUAAAUAUAAGUCUAAUAAUAUUAAUAAUAAUAUCGACCCAUCGCUGACGUCACAAUUCAUGAUUCUCUACUUAAUUCUACGUCAUUCCAUUGAAAUGUUGUGUUCGUUAUAAGUACGUUCUAAAUAUGCUACAUCCGCUAAUGUACGAUAUAUGAGACAAGUACACGAUAUUGGAUAACGCAGUUAGAUACACUUUUUACAAAAAAAAAUUUGAUGUCGUAUAAGUUAAAAAAAUAAUUACGUACCAUUAUUUUGGCGUGUGCGUCCGUAGAUUUGUUUGUAUCCGGAGUUGCGUACGAGCGUCAAUAUUUCACAGACUUAUUUCGAACCUUCGAUACUUGCGUUAAGAAUUAUUUUUCGUUACGUUUAUGAUAAUUUAGACCCGCAAAAUAUUGGAUACAUUGUAAACGCUUUAAUAGAAAGUACAUGCCGGCUUCUAUAUAGUACGGUACCUAAUUGACUUUAUCAGUGGCCUCGAGAGAGAGACCUAAUUUGAACGGAUAAAAAUAGAAAAAUCCAUUAUCAAGAGUGGAUUGCAUGAAUCCUUUCCACCAUACACGGGCCCGUCGCAUUAGUUUGCGUCUCUCAACCGUCCACGCCCCAGUAAUGUUACGAAAAGAUUUUAUAGAAUAGAUUAGAAUACGAGAAAUCAUUUGAAUGCAGUUCUGAGAUAGUUUUAAAUGUUUUAUGGGAAUUUAGAGGGCGUUCUUUAGUUGAAAAUCUAGUGUCCAUAGAAUUCGCAAGGCGCACGUGAAUAACUACGUAAUUGUUAGCACAGACUUUAUGUUUGGUCCCUACCUAAUCGUUGGUAGCCUAAGGGGUUAUUCCAACUUCGUCCGGAUGGGUAGGCGAGCUCACGGGCUCGACCUGUGAGAAUCUGCUAACACUGGCCCUAGCAAGAGCAGUGCUGAAUCUACAACCGGAUCGGAAACGCGACCCACCGAGAAAAUCCGGCAAGAAACUCAGUGGGUCCGACUUGAAAUAAAAUCCUUCAUAAUUCCCAUGAACGAUUAAACAACAACAUUUGAACAAUUAAAUUGUGUGGCCUUGUUGAUUGUCCACAAAUUUUUAGUUCGCCCUUUAUGAGACCAUAGAAGAUUAUCCGCCGAUUGUCGAUCAGUGAUUGUUGAGAGAACUUAAAGCUGCAUCAGUGGCUUAGUCAAAUUUUAUAAAUUUUUAUUCGGGAUGUUGUGUGUUAGGUUUGAGUUUAAAACGAUACCAGUUCUUCGUUAGCGGAUAAUCCUUGAGGGACGAUUUUUUGAUGGACGACCGGAGCCCAUAGACAUCUACAAUGUAAAUGCCGCCACCCACUUUGAGACAUGAGUUCUAAGUCUCCGUUUUUACAGUACAAGGGCUACCCCGAUCUUCAAACCGAAACCGAACCAGACGAUACCCGAUGGAUUUUCAUUUCUAAUCAAUUAUCUUAAAAAAAUAUACACACCACAUGUGCCCUUCUUCCCCUGUCCAGUGCUGAUAAAAUACCCAGUACAUUAAUGUUCGUGAAUUGAAAAACAAAAUCAAUUGUGCCUAACUAUUAAAUAUUUGUAUUUUUAAACGUAAUUAAAUACGUUCGUAGUUUAUAUAUAUAUAAAUACGUAGAUUUUAUAUGAGCGUUACUAGAAUAAUGUUAUUACAUGUCGAUGUUGUUGACGGUACACGCUGAACGACUUUUGUUGGUAACGAUAUUGAAUCCCAACUUUAUAACUUCGCAGGUUAAUGAUGUAUUACCCAGUUCAUGUUACGACGUAGCACACAAUGACUAAUCUUUUUACAAUAUAUACAAAAAAAUAUAUAAAAGAUCCAUUAAUAUUAAUCUUAUUAGUUGCUUCUUGAAUUCGCACGAUAUUUUUAUUAACGAUGCGAAAAUCCAUAUUUUUACUUUAAUAUUCAAACUUGUUUGCAACAAAAGUUGUAGUGUGUACCAGCUCUUAAGGGUAUAAAUAUAUUGCUAUGUUAACAUUCGUAUUAAGAGAACGUGUUCGUAUAUGUUUCUAAAAGUAUUAUUAUGUGAUCAAUAUUAUGUGCCAAUUUAACGUUACGUUUGGAAGCUUAAAGUUGUAAAUCGUCGAUAUAUUUCGAAAUAAAAGUACGUAAUAGAAAUGUCUAAUGAAAAGAAAGCAGACGAUUUGUUAAGGUCCUGUCCACAUCACGUUUUUUAAACGCGCGUCGCCGGCGCGCUUUUACCUUACAGAGCGUUCUGUUGUCUUUGUAUCGAUAUAAGCGCGAUGCUAACGCGCGUUUUUAUCGCGAUGCAAACGCGUAUUUGAAUAUAUACAGAUGUGCAAAGGUCUAUAAGCUUCGUCUGAUGUGUACCUAUCGCGUCUGUAUUGUUACAAACGCGCGUCGAUGGCGCGUUUUGAUCUUACAGAGCGGUUUGUUAUCAUUUGUAUCGAUACAAGCGUGAUGCUAUCGCGCAUGUGUAUCGAUACAAACGCGCGUUAGCAUGGCGUCUGUAUCGAUUUAAUCUUGUACUUGAAUUUAUACAGGUGUACAAAGGUCUACAGGCUGCGUCUGACUUGCGUGAGUAUCGCGUCUGUAUUGCUAAAAACGCACGUCGACGGCGCGUUUAAAAAACGUGGUUUGCACAAACCCUAAAUCGCACCUUAAAGUUAUUGAAAUUGUACAAAUAAAUACAGUUGCACUUUUGUUAGUGAAUGUACCAGUAAGUAUCAAAAGUACAUAAUACAGUACAGUUUUAAGGAUCUUUAUAUUAGAAAUAUAUCCGUACUUUGUUGAUAGUAAAGUUAACAAAAGAAUGUUCGAAGCAGCAUCAAAUAAAUAUGGUUGUAUUGAAUAAAAAAAAAAGAAUUUUUUUAACGUUUAUGAUUAUGAUGAUGAUAAAGAUUAUUGAUUUUGAAAUUUAUAA